AUGUCUAGGAUUGAUGCAGGGAGUAGUUCUUCCUGGGGAUGGAAAGGGCUUAUUCAGGGGCAUCGUAUCCUUGAGGCUGGUGUGAGAUGGAGAGUUGGCAAUGGGGAGAAUAUUCAAAUCUGUGUAGACCGUUGGAUGCCUCAACCUUAUACCUUUAAGGUCCAGUCCCCUCAUCCUGAGAUGCCUGUUUGGGUUAAAGACUUGAUCGAUCCUGUUACCAAAGCUUGGAAAAGGGAUGAAGUGAUACGGUGGUUCUCUGAGACUGAAGCACAACUUAUACUAAAAAUGCCUAUUAGUCGCUUGGGAUGUCCUGAUAAGCUACUCUGGCACUUCACAAAGCAUGGCAAUUAUACGGUAAAAUCAGGUUACGAACUUGCUGAGAGUUUGCACAGGAAUGGGGAGCUAAACCGUAAGGGUGAAGGUGAGUGUAGUAAUCAAAAGGUGCAAAAAUCCUUUUGGAAAGGCAUCUGGAGCUUAAAGGAUAAUUUGCGGAGACGUCGUAUGGAUGUGGAGAAUAAAUGUGGGUUAUGCAAUCAGGAAGGUGAGACUCAGAUGCAUAUUUUUUCCCAGUGUGAUUUUGCCCGAGCAUUUUGGUUUGCAUGUCCUCUCCAAUUGGAUACUGCUACUGUUGAGGGUAAUGAUUUUGCAGCUUGCUGGACUUUUCUAAAGCGGAAAUAUGCAGGAAUACAAAUACAUCCGAGUGAUGCAUCAGGUAUGAUGGUAGAGCAGGUGGGGGAAUACAAUGAAGCUGUUAUACCCAAGGCUCCGCUGGUCGCUGAGCUACCAAGACCCCCUGACCAAGCUGCACUGGUCCAAGCGGUAUGGGAAAAACCCCGACAUGGUUUUGUGAAAGCAAAUUGUGAUGGGGCUUGGUUGGUGCAGACAAAUACGGGGGGUUUUGGGUGGGUGAUUCGAGAUUUCGUAGGAUGGAUGAUGCAAGCAGGAGGUCAAGGGGAUUUGCGGUAUGGGUCUGCUCUCGCAGCUGAAGUAGAUGCUAUCCGUGCAGUGUUGAUUGCUUGCGAGCAAGGAGGUUUUGCUCGUGUCAUGGUGGAAUCUGAUUCUCUAAUUGCCAUCCAGAUGGUGAAAGGAGAAAGACUAGUGGAUGCGGAGGUUGAUGGUUUGAUUUUCGAUAUCCAGGCUAUGACUAGAGAAUUCCAAGAAAUGAUUUUUAUUCAUGCCCCUCGCAGCUGUAAUCAAGCUGCUCAUGAGGUUGCAUCUUUUGUAAGCCGAAAUGGUGGUAUCCACCACUGGGAUUUGAUUAGGUGA